AUGGAUCUCCUGGGUGGAGGGCUAGAUAGUCUGGUGGGACAAUCCUUCAUCCCAUCACCAGUGCCUGCAACCUCUGCUCCUUCACCUACUCCUGCUGUGGUCAGCAGUGGUCUGAAUGACCUAUUUGACCUCUCCAUGAGGAUAGGCAUGGUGCCUGGUGGAUAUGUGGCUCCAAAGGCUGUCUGGCUGCCUGCCGUAAAGGCUAAAAGCUUGGAGAUUUCGGGAAUAUUUACUCACCACCAAGGGCACAUCUAUAUGGAAAUGACCUUCACCAACAAAUCUCUGCAGCACAUGACAGACUUUGCAAUUCAGUUUAACAAUAAUAGGUUUGGUGUCAUCCCCAGCACUCCUCUGGCCAUCCCUACACCACUGGUGCCAAACCAGAGCAUUGAUGGCUCCCUGCUUCUCAACACCUUGGGCCCAUUCAUGAAGAUAGAACCUCUGAACAACCUGCAGGUGGCUGUGAAAAACAACACUGAUGUCUUCUACUUCAGCUGCCUCAUCCCUCUCAACGUGCUUUUUGUAGAAGACAGCAAAAUGGAGUGCCAGGUCUUCCUUGCAAUAUGGAAGGAUAUUCCCAAUGAAAAUGAACUUCAGUUUCAGAUUAAGGGAUGUCAUUUAAAUGCUGACACUGUUUUCAGCAAGUUGCAAAACAACAAUGUUGAUACUAUUGCCAAGACGAAUGUGGAAGGGCAGGACAUUCUGUAUCAAUCCCUGAAGCUCACUAAUGGCAUUUGGAUUUUGGCCAAGCUCUGUAGCCCAGCCAGAAAACCCCAGUUACAUGUUGUCGCUAAGUGCAGAGCUCCUAAUGUCUCCCAGUACAUCUUUCAGGUCUACAACAGCGUUUUGAAAAACUAA